AUGGCACCAACACGAAUAGCAAAGUCCGCCGCCAGGCCUCUCCUCACCUCCUCAUCCACCAACCUCACCACCUGCACACAAACCCGCCUCAUAUCCGCCUACGGCUACGAGCAAGCCCGCGCGCUCAUCUUCCGCAAAUACGGCGAGCCCGCCGACGCCCUCAGCCUGCACACCCACUCCAUCAGCCCCGCGCACUCCAAAAACCUCACCCUGCGCUUCCUCGCCUCCCCCAUCAAUCCCGCCGACAUAAACCAAAUCCAAGGCGUAUACCCCUCCAAACCGACCUUCACAACCAGCCUGGGGACAUCCGACCCCGUCGCCGUCGCCGGAAACGAAGGCGUCGCAGAAGUCAUCGCGGUCGGCAGCGGCGUCAAGAGCGUCCAAAGGGGCGACUGGGUGAUACAGAAGACGCCUGGCUUCGGGACAUGGCGCACACACGCGCAAUGCGACGAGAGCAACCUCCUCAAGAUCGACGACAAGUCCGGCCUCUCGCCCGUGCAGGUCGGGACGGUUAGCGUCAAUCCUUGCACCGCGUACCGCAUGCUGCGCGACUUUGCAGCCCUGAAAGAAGGCGACUGGUUCAUCCAGAACGGGGCGAAUUCCGGCGUCGGACGGGCCGCGAUACAGCUGGGGCGGCUAUGGGGGUAUAAGAGCAUCAACGUGAUACGGCAGCGGCCACAGGGCGUCGAAGACCUAAAAACCGAGCUAAAGGAGCUGGGCGCAGAUGUCGUGGUCACGGACGAGGAGCUCCAGAGCCGCGAGUUCCGGGACCGGGUGAAAGAAGUCACGCACGGCGGCCGAGAAGAGGUCAAGCUGGGCCUCAACUGCGUAGGCGGCAAAGCAGCCACCUCCCUCGCAAAGACGCUAUCCGAAGGCGGCCAUCUCGUCACGUACGGCGCGAUGGCGAAGCAGCCGACGGAGGUGCCGGCCAGCUUGCUCAUCUUCAAGGAUAUACACUUCGAUGGGUUUUGGGUGAGUCGGUGGAGCGAGCGGAAUCCCGAGGAGAAGAAGAGGACGGUCGAGCAUGUGCUGCAGUUGACGCGGGAGGGGAAGUUUAGGGAUGUGCCGUGGCAGAAGGUCGAGUGGGAGUGGGAGACGAAGCAGGAGACGCUUGUGGAGGCGGUUAGGGGGACGUUGGAAGGGUUCAGGAAAGGGAAGGGGGUUUUUGUUUUUGGGAAAACGUAG